UUUUUUUUCAUUUUUUCCUUUAUAACAACAUGUCUGAACGUAAAGUACUCAACAAAUACUUCCCCCCCGAUUUCGAUCCUGCAUUAAUCCCUCGUCGCAAGAUCGAAAAGGAUGCACAACAAAAAGUCCGUCUCAUGACCCCAUUCUCCAUGCGUUGCAACACUUGCGGCGAAUACAUCUACAAGGGCAAGAAAUUCAACGCUAGGAAAGAAACGACCAACGAAACUUAUCAUAGUAUCAAAAUUUUUCGAUUCUAUAUCCGUUGUAAUCGGUGUGCGGCCGAAAUCACUUUCAAAACCGAUCCUGCCAAUACAGAUUAUGUAGCCGAAAAUGGUGCUCAACGUAACUUUGAACCUUGGAGAGACGAAGACGCUGACAAGGUCGCAGAACGGGAACGGGAAGAGGAAGAGCAGAAUAAUCCGAUGAAGGCUCUCGAACAUCGAACUCAGGAUUCAAAACGGGAGAUGGAGAUCAUGGAUGCUUUGGAUGAGAUCCGUACUAGGAAUGCAAUGAAUGAACGUUUGGACGCAGACGCUGUCUUGAAUAAAAUAUGGAGUGGAGACGUUGAUAAUACUCUCCAGAAAAAACAACAAGAGGAUGAAGAGGAUGAUCGGUUAGCUAAACAAGUCUUUAAGGAUGUGGAUGGCGAGAGUGUCAAGCGAUUGUGGGACAAUGAUCAGGAUCUCUUGAAUGAUUCUGGCGAACUGGAUGCCACCAAAGUUGCCAGGGCCAAAUUUUCACAGUCGCUUGCUUUGCCAGAUUUCAGUACUCCUUUAACUAAGAAACGUAAACAAGGUGGAUCUCUUGGACUUGUCAAAAAUAUUGUUUCAACAUCCAAAGCAACGCCUGCAGCAUCAUCAUCAUCAUCACUCUCUCCCUCUUCUCCCUCUUCUUCUUCAUCAUCACCUUUAGCUUUGGCCACAAAAAAUUCAUCUUCACCGUCAGUACCAUCAACACCGUCUAAUACAGCAGCAAAACAAGCUUCUAAACCCGCCUCGUUACUGUCACUUGUAGGAUCCUAUGGCUCAGAUUCCGAAUCUGAUGCGGACUAAAGAA